AUGGAAAGUCCGACUCCUCACAUCAGUAGAAGCUCUGCUACAAGCAACUAUAAAGGUACAAAGGAUAAUAGACCUAAUGGUGGGGAAACUGAAGUGCAAUGUGAUUCUCCAAGAGUUGAAGAAAGUACUAAGGAUAGGCAAAAUACACGGGAAAUAGAGGAUUGUAGUUCUGGGACAUCUCAAAAUAUGGUAAUGGAUGAUGAUGAUAUGGUUGAGGAGCUAACCAAUGGGAUGGAGUUUAAUUCCUUUGAAGAUUUAUUGAGUUAUUAUAAGCAAUAUGGUAAGAAAUGUGGCUUUGGGGUGAUGAUCAAAAGGACUGAGAUAGGAGAAGAUGAGGCUGUUAGAUAUGUCACCCUUGCUUGUGUUCAGGGUGGGAAGUCUCGGAAUAGGACAUUGAAUGUCACCAACUCACGUCCAACAGGGAAGACGGAAUGUAACGCAAAGAUUAAUGCCGUAAGAAUUGAUGGAAAGCUUCGAUUGACUACAAUUCAUAAUAUCCAUAACCAUGGCCUCAAUCCAAAAAAAUCUCACUUCUUUCGAUGUAAUAGAGAAGUGAGUGAGUCGGUAAAAAGAAUCCUAGAUACAAAUGACUUGGGUGGCAUCCGAAUGAAUAAGAGUUUCGGAUCUCUUGUUGUUGGUGCGGGUGGAUUUGAGAACCUUCUAUUUUUGGAAAAGGAUUGUCGUAAUUAUAUCGAUAAAGUAAAACAUUUACGACUUGGAGCUGGUGGUGCUGGAGCACUUAAUGAGUAUUUUUUAUGGAUGCAGUAUAGAAAUCCUGGGUUUUUUGCUUUGAUGGAUUUAGAUGAUGACGGGAGGUUAAAGAAUGUCUUCUGGGCAGACCCCCGUAGUAGAACAGCCUACCAAUAUUUUAGUGACGUGGUCACAUUCGACACCACUUACCUGACGAAUAGAUAUGGGAUGCUCUUUGCAUCAUUUGUUGGUGUAAACCACUAUGGGCAAUCAAUUUUGUUGAGAGCAGGCUUGAUUUCCAGCCAGGAUACUGAGACUUUUGUAUGGUUAUUCCAGAUCUGGCUGCAAUGUAUGGAUGGUAUAACUCCGAAAGCUAUUAUCAUUGAUCAGGAUAGAACAAUGAAAAAUGCAAUCGCUAUUGUUUUCCAGAAACCAAACAUAGAUUUUGCCUGUGGCAUAUACUAA